UGCGAGGCCAGCUGGAGGUUUGCGUUUUACUUCGUCUCUUUCUUCACUGGACUGGCUGUCCUGCUGGAUAAGCCCUGGUUCUGGGACCAUCGAGAAUGCUGGGCCGGGUAUCCACAGCAGCCCUUACUGUCCUCGGUGUUCUGGUACUACAUGCUGGAGCUCUCCUUCUACUCCUCCCUGGUCUGCACGCUGCCCUUCGACGUGAAGCGCAAGGACCUUCGUCAGCAGGUUGUGCACCACGCAGUUACCAUCUUCCUGAUCAGCUUCUCCUACUGCGCCAACUACCUGCGCAUCGGCACGCUGGUCAUGCUGAUCCAUGACGCCUCCGACUGGAUCCUCGAGCCCACCAAGAUAUUCAAUUACAUGAAGUGGCGCCGAACGUGCGACGGGCUCUUCAUCGUCUUCUCGGCCGUUUUCCUCUCCCCCCGCCUGCUCCUCUUCCCCUACAAGGUGCUCUACAACACCUACUACUACUCCAUGGAGCUCUACCAGCCCUUCUUCGGCUACUACUUCAUGAACGGCCUCCUGCUGGUGCUGCAGCUGCUGCACGUCUUCUGGUCCUGCCUGAUCGGUCACAUGAUCUAUCGGUUCAUCCUGUCUGGCACGAUGGAACGGGACUUGAGAAGCGACACCGAGGAAAGCGACACAGCUGAGGAGGGGGGAGAACCCGCCAGGGCGAAGGAGAGAAACGGGGCCCUGCAUCGCCGCGACAUCACCAACAACGGUUGCCUCCAGACUCGCGGGGGGCAGCCGCCGGGCAGCACGGCCCAUCCCGCCAACGGCCACGCUGCUGCACUCUUCGUACUACGGGCCCGUGGAGGAACGCAGCCCUUCUUCGGGAACUAG